AUGAUGAAAUUUACUAAGCAGAAUUUUAUUUUUUUAGUUGGUGGAAUUAUAAUUUAUGUAGUUGAUAUUGGAGUGGACUUCUGGGUAGCUAUGAAAUAUUUCUGUCAAGGACAAUAUUGUUGGGGUAUAUUGAUACUGUGUUUUAGAGGUCUUUCAUCAUUAAUAACUCAGGUAUUCAGUUAUGAGUGGUUUAAAAAUGACUGGGAAGGUACUGAUACUGGGAAGCGGAAAUGGAUUUUUCUAGUUCAUCUCUUUCAGUGUGGAAUUUUUAUAAGGUAUUGGUUUGCUUUGAAGUAUGGCUGCCAAGCUGCAUUUAAACAAAAAAGCAGGAGAGAUACAUCAGAAACAGACCCUCCCAACUUCAUUCAAAAACAAGCUGUUGAUGUUGUGACUGAUAUUAACAUGCUCAGGGUAUUCAAGACUUUUCUUGAGACCACACCACAGCUUUUUGUCCAGAUUUACAUCCUCAUGGAACAUGGCAAAAAUAAUUUCUGUCAAUAUGCUGCCAUUAUUAUGUCUUUUUGUGGUAUCUCCUUUUCAAUGGUUGAUUAUCAGAUAUCAUUACGAAAAUCUCUGCCUGAUAAAGAUGAAUUUCGUGUGCUUCCCAAGUUAGUGUAUCUCCUCUAUAAACUGCUUACCAUCACUUCUUGGAUACUCAGUAUUUCACUGAUCACUCUACUAAGUGUUAGAAGUUCUGUAAUUCUGCUGAUAUUUCUUUGGAUCUGUGGCUUCACCUGGACUUUGAAACAACAUACGACAUUUUGCAAAUCUAAGAAGAUGGAACAUCUGUACAGAACUGUUGUUGGAAUCAUUCUAAUUUUUACCUUUUUUAACAUAAAGGGCAGAAAAACAAAAGUUUGCAUUUCUAUUUAUUAUGCUACUCACACUGUUGUAACUCUAGGUAUUUUGUUUGUAUAUAUGUUCUGGAAACGUUCCAUUAUCAAGCAAAUACAUUUUACAAUUGUGAGCAUCCUAACUAUUCUUAGUCUGGUGUUAGGUGUAAUUUUUCUUGUUGUUUAUUAUAGGCAUUUUCAUCCCACUGCUUAUUGCAGACCACAGGCAUGUUCAGAUGAAGCUGAUGGAGAGGCAGGACAAAAAGAUAUAGUGAAAAUUGGCAGAUUUCAAAAUUUCAUAAUGCAAUGA